ACAAACUUAUUUCAGAAUUGUUCACAUGGAGAAGGCAGCAGGUCGUCAGUACAUACGUAGCCUACAUCCGCCGCGCCGAAGCUUGUGUGAGGAGGGCCAUUUGCUUUCUUUGAGGCACAGCCGGCUUCCCCUUGCGAUCCAAGUGGACCGUGGUUCCUGGCGCAGAGUCUCAUCGUUAGACCGUUCGAUGUUAUGACGAUUCGCUGAACUAAGAAUAGUGUACCAUCCCCCGCGUUGUUUGGAUAUCCUGCCCGACCGGUUCAAUCAAGCCAUGAGGAGUCGUCCGAGCUAUUCUCCACUGGGGAGGCCAAAGUGUUCAGGUACCUUGGAGCUAUUGAGAUGGUGGGAAGACUAUUAACAAGAGCCACGCCCUUUGAGACGAUUCUUGUUGCAGCUUAUAAACCAUAUAUUCCCCGUCCCUCUGCAUCUAUCAAGCAUCAAACCCCGACCUGAAGCCAUACUUUGUUUGUUAAACCUGUGUUUGCUUUGCAAUGCCUUCCAUCACAGCGUCUUCAGCUACUCCUCAAAGGGUAAAGCCGACGACCGCCAAGCCAUCGUCAACUUUGCCCAGUAUUAUUGAUAUUCGUGGUGAACAUGUCGAAAUCAACCUGAAAGACCAAAUUGCUUCUAUGUUUAACCCUGACGAGGGCCCAAGGAAGCUUCCAACCCUUCUUCUAUAUAACGAGAAAGGGCUACAGAUAUUCGAGGACAUCACGUAUCUGGAUGAGUAUUACUUGACAAACUAUGAAAUUGAGAUCCUGAAGAAGUCCUCUGCGGAGAUCGCCAGUCAGAUCCCAGAGGGUUCGAUGGUGAUUGAGCUGGGAAGCGGAAACCUUCGCAAGGUCUGUCUCCUUCUACAGGCAUUCGAGGAACUUAAAAAGCCCAUCCAGUAUUUUGCUCUUGACUUAUCUCUCAAAGAGCUUGAACGGACUCUGGCUCAAGUUCCUGAGUUCAAGUAUGUCUCAUGCCAUGGUCUUCAUGGUACAUACGAUGAUGGGAGGGAAUGGCUCAAGCAUCCUUCUCUCACGAGCCGCUCAAAGUGCAUUAUCCACCUCGGCUCCAGUAUUGGCAACUUCACCCGAGACGGCGCAGCUGAUUUCUUGGGAGGGUUUGCAGAAGUACUCACACCAUCUGAUUCCAUGAUCGUUGCUGUAGACUCUUGCAGCAACCCGGCACAGGUCUACCAUGCAUACAACGACUCCAAGGGGGUAACCCAUCAAUUCGUUCUGAAUGGUCUCCAAAAUGCCAAUGAGAUCCUUGGUGAAGAGGCCUUCAACACGGAUGAGUGGAGGGUCAUCGGUGAGUAUGUCUAUGACGUUGAAGGUGGAAGACAUCAGGCCUUCCUCUCUCCCACCCGGCCAACGGAUGCUCUCGGAUCGAGAGUUUUGCCUCAUGAGCGCAUAGAGAUCGAGCAAAGCCUCAAAUAUUCCGAAGCAGAGAAGGACAAGCUCUGGAAACUUGCAGGCUUGACCGAGAUGGGUCGAUGGAGCCGGGGAGACGAGUACGGUCUUCAUUUUCUGCAAAAGUCCAGUAUGCCGUUCAGCCGGAUCCCUUCUCUCUACGCCGCAGAGCCACUGCCAACAGUCCAAGACUGGAAAGCACUUUGGAAAGCAUGGGAUGUAGUAACCAAGGAUAUGAUGCCAGAUGAAGAGCUCCAGGAGAAGCCAAUCAAGCUACGAAAUGCAUGCAUUUUCUACCUUGGUCAUAUUCCGACCUUCCUCGAUAUCCAGUUGACCAAAACGACUGGAAAUGCCCCAACUGAACCUGCAACCUACUACUCCAUCUUUGAGCGAGGUAUUGACCCUGAUGUGGAUAAUCCAGAGCAUUGCCAUACUCACUCUGAAAUUCCUGAUGAAUGGCCGUUGGUUCAAGAGAUCAUGAUCUACCAAGACAGGGUCAGAUCUCGUCUUCAGAACCUGUACAAAAAUGGCCAAGACAAGAUUUCUCGAGACAUUGGUCGAGCUAUAUGGGUUGGCUUCGAGCAUGAGUUGAUGCAUAUCGAGACCCUGCUCUAUAUGAUGCUCCAGAGUGACAGAACGCUUCCACCUCCGCAUACCGUACAGCCUGAUUUUGCAAAACUGGCUCAGCAAGCACAUGAGGCUAGGGUUCCUAACCAAUGGUUUGAUGUACCUGAGCAAACCAUCACUCUGGGAAUGGAUGAUCCCGAGGAUGGUACUGAUAAUUCGCGCCAUUUUGGCUGGGAUAAUGAGAAGCCUGAGCGACAGACAAAAGUCCAUGCCUUCCGAGCUCAGGGCAGAGCUAUCACCAAUGAAGAGUAUGCCCAGUAUUUGUACAACUCCAAGAUCGAGCAUAUCCCAGCCUCAUGGUCUUCCGUUACAAACGCUUACACAAACGGCGCCACUAACGGCAGUCAUGCCAAUGGAAACUCGAAUGGUUACUCUAAUGGAAAUGGCCACCACGCAAGCCAGGUCCCGGAUUCAUUCAUUCAGGAUAAGUUUGUCAAAACGGUAUAUGGUCUGGUUCCUCUCAAGUACGCUCUUGACUGGCCUGUCUUUGCUUCUUACGACGAGCUCGCUGGUUGUGCAGCAUGGAUGGGCGGCCGUAUUCCAACUUUUGAAGAAGCUAAGAGCAUCUAUGCGCAUGUUAACAAGCAGAAGAGAGCCGAGGCCGAGCGCACCUUAUCAAAGACGGUCCCUGCAGUCAAUGGUCACCUUGUCAACGACGGCGUCGAAGAGACCCCGCCAUCCAACUCCUCCGCUUUGGUCAAGGAUAGCUCUUCCGAGCUAUUCUUUGAUCUUACGGGAGCCAACGUUGGUUUCCGUCACUGGCAUCCUAUACCAGUUACUUCCCGAGGCAACAAGCUUGCGGGCCAGUCGGAGAUGGGCGGCGUCUGGGAAUGGACGAGCUCAUCACUUGAGCGACAUGAGGGUUUUGAGCCCAUGUCGCUCUAUCCUCUCUACACGACUGAUUUCUUCGAUGGCAAGCAUAACGUCGUCUUGGGUGGUUCGUGGGCCACACAUCCACGCAUUGCAGGACGAGCUAGUUUCGUCAACUGGUACCAGAGGAACUAUCCCUACGCAUGGGUGGGAGCUAGAUUGGUCCGAGAUGUUUAGGCAUCUAGACUAGAGCAUUUGUUCCUAUGUAUACGAAUGGUUUCAUAUUAUAAACGAGCCGUUGGGACGGAUUAUGAACUACCGGAGUUCGAUUAUUUAUAUGGGCCCAGGUUGUUACGAGAGGAAUCUGAAGGAGGAUAGUCACUCCCUGAGGAAGCAAAUGUAUUAUUCAUG